AUGAGUGCCCUCGAUGGUGUCCCCUUCAAGGUACCCAAGGGUUUUGUGAUCAGCACAGAGCCUCUCCCUGCACCAGAGUUCAGUAUCCCUGCUUGCAGGGAGCUUCUGCUGGGUUCUGUGCAUGACUUCAGCCUGGAAAGGAACACUCUUUUCUGGGUGGAGGCUGCCAUCCGAGGACCCUGCUCGUACCAGUGCAAUGAUCUGAGGACUGUGUCAGCCCCUCCGGCCUGGCUCUUGCUGGUCAGUCCCGAAAGUGGGCUGGCAUUUGCGCCUGACACAGCCAGAGACGAGGAGGAUGGACCCCAGGAGCCGCUCGAGGAAGAGGAGAACGAGGAAGAAAGCUUCUCUGCCAGCGAGGAAGAGCUGGACUCCAGCAGCCCGCAGCCCGGUUCUCUAGGGCGCCCUGGCUCCAGCCAUGGCCUGCGCUCCCUGGAUGUGCUGCGCAGCGUGAGGUCCGAGCUGGCUGGGGCGCGGCGGCGGCUCUCUGAGAGCAGGUUGGCUGCCUGUCCCCGCGCGCUCCUGCACCGCUUUCGCGGUCACCGGGCGCUGAGCCUGUGCCCCUCACCGCCACCCGGGCCUGCACCCCAGCUCCCCAACGUCCCUGCACCCCAGCCCCCCAACGCCCCCGCGCUGCCCCCACGGCCCUCGACAGCUGGCUCCAUGCCCCCACUGCGGAGCCACAAGCCCACUGUUGCGUCUCUCAGUCCGUACACCUGCCUGCCACCCCUGAGGGGAACACCCCAGCCUCUCAACUCCCAUAGAUCGCACCCUGAUUCUACAGCUGACCUGCUGUCUGCACUGAGCCAGGAGGAGCAGGACCUCAUAGGGCCGGUGAUUGCCCUGGGAUAUCCCCUGGGAAGGGCCAUUGAGGCUCUACAGAAGACAGGGAGACAGAGCCUGAGCCAGUUUCUCAGCUACCUCGGUGCCCAUGAAAGGCUUCUGCAGCAGGGCUACGAGGAGGCCCUGGUGGACGAGGCCAUGGAGAUGUUCCAGUUCUCUGAGAGCCAGGCCGGGGAAUUCCUACGCCUCUGGGAGCAGUUCAGCGACAUGGGCUUCCAGCCACACCGGAUCAAGGAGGUGCUGCUUGUCCAUGGCAACCAUCGCGAUCAAGCCCUAGAGGAGCUGGUGGCCUGUGCCCAGUGACCGCUGAGGCAUUCUGCAAGGCCUGGGCAACCCCGUCCAGCCUGUUACGAAAACCUAACAAGACUAAGGAAGCCGUGCAUUCUCACUGUGUAAACAAUGCCAAGGGUGGGAGUUGAAAGCAUUGCCCCCUUGCCUCCUGGAAGGGGCAGAGGGGAGAGGGUGGGCAAGGAAUCAUGUUUUUCAUAUUUGUAUUUGACUCUUCAAACUAUGUGCAUUAAUCACUUUGACUUUGAGAAAAUUAAAACAAAUAAAUCAUG